AUGGAAAUAAGUUUAAAUGAUUAACAAGAUAAAGUUAUUUCUUGUGGAAGUGAUGGUAAAAUAUUAGUAAUUGAAUAUUCUGAAUAAAGUAAAAGGUGGAUUGUUAUAUAAAAUAUAAAUGUUGAUUGUAAUGGAUGGAGAUUAUGCUUUAUCAACAAUAAUCUAUUUACAUUUCAACCUUAAUAUGGCAAUUUAAUGCAUGUCUAUGAGAUGAAUAGUGUAAGUAAAUAGUUCACUAAGACAAAAUAUAUUACUGUAAAUUAAGGUAAUGAUGGUUGCUUAUUAUUUCCAUAAUAAUUUAUUAAAUAAAAAUAGAUAUUAGUGAGUAAACAUGAUAAAUAUGUCAAUUUUAUAAGAAAGACAGAAAAAGAGGAAUUAAAAAUUGAGUAAUCUAUUCAAUUUAAUAAGUGGUAUAUUAAUUGGUUAAUUGAGUGAUGAUGGAGAAUAUUUAAUUACUUGA